AUGUAUCCUCCGUCAGACUCAGUCGAGCUUCCUGCGUCUUAUGCUAGUCUAGACCUCCCUCAUAUCAAGAUUUCUCAUGUUCCAGAGUCCUCGAAAGAACCAACACCAGUGUUGCUCCUCACGCUUUACAGACCUCAAAACAACAAUGCCUUCACUAGACAGAUGCAAGAGAGCAUCACGACCUUCUAUACCCUCGUAAACUCAGAUGAUCGUGUUAGGGUUGUGGUUUUGACAGGUCAUGGAAAGAUGUUCUGCGCUGGCGCUGACCUAGAUAUUGGUUUCCUUGGGGGCGCAGCAAAGGCAGGUGCUAAGGCAGUAGCGAAGAGUGAGAGAGACAUCGAUCACAGAGACGGGGGUGGUCGUGCAUCCUUAGCAAUUCACCAGUGCUCGAAACCCACCGUUGCCGCUCUACAGGGUUCAGCUGUAGGUGUAGGCAUUACGAUGUGCCUGCCCGCAACAAUUAGGUUGGCAUAUGCAAAAGCAAAGAUCGGCUUCGUGUUCGCGAGACGAGGUAUAAUCAUGGAGGCAUGCUCCCAUUACUUCCUACCAAAACUUAUAGGACUGUCCCGAGCACUGCACUUGACCACUACUGGCAGUGUCUACCCAGCCGAGCACCCUCUGAUGCGUGAACUCUUCUCUGAAAUACUCCCGACUCCGGAAGCAACCUUGGCACGAGCUCUCGAGCUGGCCGAUGAGAUUGCGAAGAACACGUCCACAGUCUCAACCAAGCUCAUGAGAGAUAUGAUGUAUCGCGGUCCAGCAAGUGCCGAAGAAGCGCAUUUGCUAGACUCGAAAGUCAUCCACGGAUUAUUCGGUAGUAAGGACAAUACAGAAGGCGUGAAGAGCUUCUUCGAGAAGAGGCCGCCAAACUUUACAGGCACUAUGGUCAACGAUGCACCAGAAGCCUGGCCUUGGUGGUCUCAGGUCGAUGUUGGGAGUGUACCUAAAGUCGGCCCACGGACCAGCAAGCUAUGA